CGUAAACACAUAAACUCGUAGCCUCGAUGUCAAUGGAAACUGUUAGUAACAACGGCAUUCAUGAAUAAAUUCGAAUAAACGCUGCAUUAUUCAUUUAGGUAGAGUCACACGAAGUUAAUAAGAUCAUUACUAUCAAAAUGUUGCGUUCAAAGAUGAUGAAUGUUUUAAACUUUUUUACACUGAUUUUUGUGUAUAUAAAUGUUUUGUAUGGAAUAAAUUCGCAAACCUGUGAGAGCAAUUACGCUCCACAAUGUCGUAAGUUAUACAAUCAAACAAGAUUUCCUAACAAUUUAUCUCAUAUUUCUCAAGAAGAUGCAAUAUCCGGGUUGGACCAUUACACAAAGUUAAUUGAAACAGGUUGCGCUAAAAACUUACCGUUGUUUUUGUGUUCAAUUUUUAUACCUAUGUGUACUAUGUUGGACGAACCAAUCUUACCAUGUCGAUCUUUAUGCGAAGAAGCAAAGUUUGGCUGCGAAGGUAUACUAAAACGAGUAGAUUUACCUUGGCCCGAACAACUUGAUUGUCGUAAGUUUCCGAAGGCAGAAGAGGGAGUUAUAUGCAUAGGGCAACCUAACUUGAAAACAAAAACUUUGCACAAAGUAUCAUCGAACAAAAGAACAACAGUCACCGAUGACGAAAAAAUCACUCUUCAAUGUAAGCAUGCAAAGUUAAUUUCUAUUAAAAGAGUAAACCAUGUCAAAAAAGUUGGUUGUAAUCGUGCGGUUUCUUUUGAAACAAUGCAAACUUUAUGCAAUAAUGAAUCAUCGUGCAAGUUCCAACUAAAAGAUCUUGCAGAAAAUAAAAAGCAACCUGCCAGUUGCGAUGUUGAAAACGUUGGUCCAACUGUUAUAAAAUACGUAUGCUUAACGAGCGAAGAGCAUUCUAUAAAAGAAAUAGAAGUAAAGCACGGAGAAGAUAAAAACAUUGCUUGUAAAAGCAAUUCCUAUCAUUUAAGAAUUAAUAAAGUUUCAUUUGCUGGUAAAGAUUGUGUUUCCCCUUUAGCAUUGUGCGCUGUAACUCAGAGUUGUGAAGGAAAACCAAACUGCCCGUUAUAUGCUGAUAGCUAUUACUUACCUACAGCGUGCAAAGAUCGUCCGGAUUUAAAAGUGGAAUAUUAUUGCAAGAAAAAUUCAGAAUCAGUUAUUGAACGAGUUGGAUAUGCUGGAUUGGAAUUAACAUGCAGCAGCGGGAAAAUACUGGUAAUACGUGCAGAGCCAGACAUACCACCAGCAUGCAGUAAUGAAUUGCAAUGUUUCGUUAAACUAUUGUGUGAUAAAAAAACUUCGUGUAUACUUGAUAAAACAUCACUAUCGCAAUGCAGCUCAAGAAAAAUUAAAGUACAAUACAUUUGCUCAUAAA